ACGCGGAUGCGGUGUGGUCAUUACAUUCAAAUUGAUGUAGGUCUGAGUCGUGAUCAUUACGUUUGAUCUUCAUAGAGGAUCCAUUUAGCAAACUUUGCGAAGAAACCUACUUGAGGCCUUGAUGAGGAGUACAUUACAUUAAUACUGGAGGAUCUUCUCUCUAAGUUUCAUAUUAGAAAUAAGAAAAUAUUGACAAUGAAUGAAGAUUUAAAAUCGUAUAUUGAGUUUUAUCAUAGACUUGGUUUGCCACAUAAAGAAAUUGCCAUUUUAUUGAAAACAAAACAUAAUCAACAUUACAGUGUUGAGUAUCUAAAGAGGAAAGUUAUUCCCAAGUUACACUUAAACAACAGGAGAGGAUCUGCGCAACUUACAAAUUUUGAUGAUAUUUUACAAGCUAUACUGCUUGAAAUGUCUCUAAAGCCAGAUAGAAGUGUAUCCGAUGUGUUCUUUAGAUUGAGAUUUAUUUAUGGAUACAUUGUUCGAAGAAAACUGGUACGAGAAAUAAUGACCACUUUAGACCCUAAAGGAAUGUCCAGAAGGAAAGGCAAUAAACUUAAAAGAAGGCAGUACCUCAGUAAAGGUCCAAAUUGGAUAUGGCAUAUAGACCAGUAUGAUAAGUUGAGUCCAUACGGAAUACACAUCAGUGGCUGUAUUGAUGGGUUUUCUCGCUACGUGCUUUGGUGCGAAGCAGGAAUCAGUAAUAAAAACCCAAAGAAAAUUGCAGCAUAUUUUAUAAACACAUUAGAACAAGUUAAUGGAUAUCCACAUAUUGUAAGGGGUGAUGCAGGAACAGAGAAUGGGACUGUAGCAGCCAUCCAGAACUUCUUAAGAGAAGAUGAUGAAGAUUCUUUCUGCAAAAAAGCCUUUAUUUAUGGCAAAUCAACACAUAAUCAGAGGAUUGAGAGAUGGUGGGGAAUUUUACGAGGGAAAUGUACAGAUCGAUGGAUACAUCAUUUUAAGGAAUUGGAAAAGGAUGGCCAUUUUACAAUCGGGGAAAAACUGCAUAUAACAUUAGUUCAAUAUUGUUACAUGCAAAUUAUCAGGAAAGAAUUGGAGGAGGUGAAAUUGGCAUGGAAUUACCAUAGAAUCAGGAAGCAAAAAACAGGCGAUGUUGUUCCUGGGAUUCCAGAACUCCUUUAUCAUGUUCCAGAAAUGUUAGGCAAUCCACAGUGCCGAAAUUACAUUCAUCAAAUCAAUGUUAACGAUGAAAAGUUUCAGUUCCUUAAGGACCAAUGCUGCUUUGAAAAUGACCUGGAUAAAGACACUAAGGAAGCUCUUGAUGUCAUUUGUGACAAUUACCAUCCUUCAACAGAACUAGAAGCAAAAACAAUGUAUAUAACACUAAAAGAUAUACUGGAACAAUACAUUUAUCGAUAG